AUGGGCUGCGUCUCAUCCACUUUCCUCAACCAGGACGACGACUUUUCCCAAAUCGGCGGCUCCGCCGCCUUCAGCCACCACAUUGUCUCCCUCACCUCCACGACCUACGGCCUCCUGACCCUGGACCCGCCCCCAGAUUCCGCCACCGUCAGCACCGUCCCUCCGAUCCCAGCGCCGUCCCCGGAGCCACCCCAGCCGCGCCGCACCCUCGCUUCCCUCCUCCCCAGCCCGCUCUCCUCCGAGCCCCGCUCCCUCCGGUACCAGCCCCUCGAGACCAUCAACUCAUGGGACCUCAUGUCCGGCUUGGAUCCCGAACACGCCCCCAGCUUCCGUCACUAUGUUCCGCCGCCCAAUCGGCCCGAAGUCUCGCGAGAUAACGACGAGAAUCACAGCCCCAACGUCCCUCACGAUUUGAAUCGCUCGGUCUCGUCCCAUAAGGACCUGGAUGAGUUCCUUGAAGGUUUCGACCCGAUCUGCCCGUCCAACGGUGAGAAUAAAGUGGUGAUGUACAGCACGAGCCUGAGGGGAGUGAGGAAGACUUUCGAGGACUGUAAUGCCGUUCGAUCCGCCAUUCGUGGGCUUGGGAUUUUUGUCUGCGAGAGGGAUAUUUCCAUGGAUAGAGGUUACAGGGACGAGCUAGGGGAGCUUCUGAAGGGGAAAAGCCGGAAUGAGCUUGUUCCACCACGGUUGUUUGUGAAAGGGAGGUACAUUGGUGGGGCUGAUGAGGUUAUGAGGAUAGUGGAGGAGGGGUAUAUCGGUCAAUUGCUCCAGGGCCUGCCGAAAUCGAGGGGAGUUGGGUAUGCGUGUGAGGGGUGCGGAGGAGUGGGAUUCUUGCCCUGUUUCACGUGCCACGGGAGUUGUAAGAUUGUGAUAGAAGAACACGAAGAAGAAAAAGACGAAGAAGAAGAAGAAGAAUUGGAUGUGGGGAGGAAGAAGAGUGGUGUGGUGGUGGUGAGGUGUGGCGAUUGUAACGAGAAUGGGUUGGUCAUUUGUCCGAUUUGUUGCUGA